AUGAGCAGUUUAACGAAUAGUAGUUUAUCAGCUUGGUCAGCAUUAACGUUGCGUCAUCCUUCAUCAUCAGAUGACCAGAAUGAUCAACGAAAAUUACUUUGGAAAAGAGUGUUACAAGCUAUAUUAUUUAUAGCCUGUGGUACUAGUGUUAUUCUGAUUAUAAUAUUAUUUAUUCUAUUAAUAACAUCGUUUUCGGAUAGUCAUGGAUUACCCAUGAAAUUAGAAACAAACAUUAUGGUUACUCAUGUAAUGCGACCACUUUUUGUAUAUAUGGAAGGUAUGAAUCAAAUGAAAAUUUUUGGUAAAUACAUUCGUAUACGUUAUAUAGACGGGCCACCCUUCGCUAAAGAAACCCAAAUUAAUAUUCGUGCUACAGGAGGAAAUGCAUCAUUAGAAAGUGCUCGAAAUAUUUUGCUAGGAAUGAAGUUAAUGGAUUACGAAAAUUACAUAGAACAAUCAAAUAUAGACUAUUACGAAACCAAUCCGAUUUAUAACUGUUCAAGUAAAGAAAGUCCAAAAGCAACACGCAUCGAUAGUGAUCAUGGAUGGUCAAAAUUAGUUCCUAAAGUAACAAUGGUUGCAUUAAUGGCCAAUUUCUGGAAACUGAAUUCAGUUCUGGCAGUAUCACGCUCGAAAUCAGGUCCUGGUGCAAGCUUUAUUUUUGAGUUAUGGCGUAUUGAUCGGAGAUAUAUGGUAAAGAUUUUAUACGCGCUAAAUUAUAAUGCAGCACCAGUAAUAGCAACAGCGUACGUGGAUGGUUGUAAUGGACAGUUCAUAUUUUGUUUUCUAAAGGAUUUAUUGCCAAAAUGGAAGAAAUUGUAUUAUACUGAAAAUGAAGAAAAACGAAAAUGCAAGACAUACUUGGCAAGGAAAAUGCUGAAAAACGAAAAUUACAAUCAGAAGGCGGCAUCGCCAGAUGCUACCACCAUGAAACGACGUAAGAGUAAGAGACGAAUAAAUCAUACAGAAGCAUACCUUAAAUAG